AUGUCUGUAUUUACUCGAGCGAAAAAUGGUUUGUUUGGACAAACUAAACCACGAAAUCCACAUUCGAUUGAAAAUCUCAAAUAUUUAUGUGGUGUUUUAAAUCGUAAUCCAAUUGUAUCAGAUGCAAAUCGUGAUUUAUUAAUUGAAACACUUCGAUGCAUAUCAGAAAUUCUUAUUUGGGGCGAUCAAAACGAUAGCUCUGUAUUCGAUUAUUUUCUCGAACGAGGAAUGUUAACGCAUUUUUUAAAUUAUAUGCGUCAGAAAUAUGGACGUUAUAUAUGUGUACAAGUAUUACAAACGCUCAAUAUUCUCUUUGAAAAUAUUCGCCAUGAAACAUCUUUAUAUUAUCUUUUAUCAAAUAAUCAUAUCAAUAAUAUAAUUGUACAUAAAUUUGAUUUUACUGACGAAGAAAUAACUGCAUAUUAUAUUUCAUUUCUUAAAACUCUUUCAUUCAAAUUAAAUUCACAUUCAAUUCAUUUUUUUUAUAAUGAAAGAAAUAAUGAUUUUCCAUUAUAUGUUGAAGCAAUAAAAUUUUUUAAUCAUUCAGAAACAAUGAUUCGUAUUGCUGUACGAACAUUAACACUAAAUGUUUAUAAAGUACCUGAUUCAGCAAUGCAUCGUUUUAUAUUAGAUCGUACAGCAACAGAAUAUUUUUCUAAUCUAGUAUGGUUUAUACGAAGUCAUAUUUUAGAUUUUGAUAGUUUAAUAAGAAAUAAUCAAGAUAUUAAUAAUCGUGAUCGUUUAACAUGUAAUUUAGAAGAAUAUCUUGAUCAUAUACAUUAUCUUCAAGAUAUAUUUUUGCUCAAUGUUGAUAGUCUUAAUAAUGUUCUUAAAGAUCAAUUAAUGAAUCGACUUCUUAUACCGGUUUAUAUAUUUUCAUUAAUUAAAUGCGAUAAAUCUUCACGAAUAACCGAUUCUCGAGCUAUGCUUGAUCAAUCAUCUGCUUUAUUUCUUCUUGCCGAAGUAAAAGAAUUAGCCGAUACAAUUCUAUCGGCAAAUAUUGAAACAGUUGAAGCGGUUCAACGUCGUUAUGGAGAACAAAUUUCCUAUAGUUUACCUCCAACAUCUCUCGAUGUUUGUUUAGCUAAAGUAGAACCAAUUUCUAAUAAAAUAACUUCCGAAAUUUCACUUAAUGCUCUUGAUAUUAAUAAUGAUACAUAUCGAUAUCGUCAUGAAUAUGAACAAAUUCGAGCACGUUCAGCAUCAUCAUCUCCUCGCACUUCUUCAACGAAUCAACGAAUUAUUGAAACAAAUGUUAAAUCUACAUCUUUAUAUGUAUCAAAUUGGACUACUGAUGAAAAAAAUAAACGUCAUCUUGAUCAAAUGAAAUUUACUGAUACUCAUUUAGCUGAAAGACCUUAUUUUGAAGCAUUAAUUAAAGCACUUGAUUGUACGGAAAAUGAUCAACAAUGUUUUUAUGCAUUAAGUGUACUUUUAACAAUAACAAUGAAUCCAUCUAUUGAUAAUGCUAUUCUUGAAUCAGUUGGUUUAACAGUCAAAUCUUCAAAUAAAAGUUCUUAUAAUACAAUAUUAGUUGAUCAACUUUGUGAAAUACUUCUAUUAUCAGUAGCACAAGAUUCAAAAAUUCGUCUUGUAAUAUUAAAUUUAGCAACAGAUUUAUUAAAAAAACUUGUUUAUAAUGAAGAAGAAAAAAUUUCUUAUUUAUCUGAUCAUCAUUUAGCACGUAUUGAACAAGUACAUGAACAAUCAACUCAAGAAUUAAGACGACAUUAUCGACAACUAGACACGUUUCUUGAUAUGUUUGAAGAUGAAUAUCGUCAAAUGCAAUUAAAUCCAAUACGUUUAGAAUAUUUACUAAAAGAUGCAUGUAUGUUAUAUCCACCAACGGCAACACCAUUAAGUCGUGUAGAAUUUAUUAAACGUUUACCAUCGAAUGAAAUGGAACGAGCAAGAAGAUCAAUUCGAGUAUUUUUUCUUAUUCGGACUUUGUCAUUGGAAUUAAGAUCAAUUACAGAAACUGAGUUACCAUUAAUACAAGCAGAUAGUGUAGUUAAGGAAACCGAUAAACUUGAUUUGAGUAAUAGUGAUUUAAUUGCAUGUACUGUUCACAUGAAAGACAAAAAAGAACGUCGUUUUCUUGUAACGGAUCCAAUGCAAUUUAUUCUUAUUGAACCAGAUAUUAAAAGACUUGGAUGGGGUAUUGUGAAGUUUUGUGAUUUAAUGCAAGAUGUUAAAGUAGCAAACGAUAAAGAAGAUACACGUUCUCUUCAUAUAACAAUACAUAAACCAAUUAAUAAUACAUAUGUUAAAUCUAAUCCUCCUAUUCUUAAUGCAAAAUUUACAUUUGAUGAUCAUAUUCGUUGUAUGACAGCUAAACAAAAUUUAACUAAAGGUCGUCAAAGGUAUUUAAUAUUGUAUUUUCUUUUUAAAAUACAAAUGAGAUUCUAUUUCGUAUAG